AUGGAGGACGCCGACUCGGCGGCGAAGCAGCAGCUGGGCUUAGCGGAGGCGGCGGCGGUGGCGGCUGCGGCAGCCGCGGAAGGACCCGAGCAGCAGCAGCAGCAGCCGCCGCAAGAGGCGGCCUCGGGGGCGGAACCGGAGCCCGAGGAGGAGGAGGCGGCGGCAACGCAAGUGACGGCGGUGACGGUGAUGGCGACAGAUGCCGAGCACAUGGAGAUGGGAGCCGAGCCCCUGCCCAACGCCGACGAGGCCGCCACCGCCUUCGCAGAAGUCACCACAGUGACUGUAGCCAACGUUGGUGCCUCUGCAGACAAUGUUUUCACCACUUCUGUGGCAAAUGCAGCAUCAAUUUCAGGCCAUGUGCUGUCUGGCAGGACAGCCCUGCAGAUCGGGGACAGCUUGAAUCCUGAGAAAGCCACUCUGAUUGUGGUUCACACUGAUGGCAGCAUCGUAGAAACCACGGGGCUGAAGGGUCCCUCAGCACCCCUGACACCAGGACCUCAGUCUCCUCCAACACCUUUGACAACUGUCCAAGAAAAAACUGGAACCAAGUACAACUGGGACCCCUCCGUGUACGAGAACGAGCUGCCGGUGCGGUGCCGGAACAUCAGUGGCACCCUGUACAAGAACAGGCUGGGCUCAGGAGGCCGGGGGAGAUGCAUCAAACAGGGGGACAACUGGUACAGCCCCACGGAGUUUGAGGCCAUGGCAGGACGGGCCAGCAGCAAGGACUGGAAGAGGAGCAUCCGCUAUGCUGGGAGGCCCCUGCAGUGCCUGAUCCACGAUGGGAUUUUAAAUCCUCACGCUGCCUCCUGCACCUGUGCUGCUUGCUGUGAUGACAUGACUCUGAGUGGCCCUGUGAGACUCUUUGUGCCCUACAAAAGGAGGAAAAAAGAAAACGAAAUUCCUGCCACCCCUGUGAAGAAGGAUUGCCCCAAAAACAUCACUCUGCUGCCUGCCACAGCUGCCACUACAUUCACAGUGACUCCCUCGGGGCAGAUCACAACCUCUGGUGCUCUGACGUUCGACCGCGCCUCCACCGUGGAAGCCACAGCAAUUAUCUCAGAAAGCCCAUCCCAGGGGGACGUUUUCACUGGAGCCACUGUUCAGGACACCAAUGUCCAGCAGCCCUGCCGGGUCACUCACCCAGAACCUCACUACCCCAGUUACCAGGACAACUGCCAGAUCUCUCCUUUCCCUGAAGCUGCACUGCCAACAUCUCACCCCAAAAUUGUGUUAACCUCCCUCCCUGCCCUGGCUGUGCCCCCUCCCACCCCCACCAAAGCCAUCUCCCCCUCGGUGGUGACGGGGCUGGAGGUGACAGAGCAGAGGAGUUGGCUGUACCUGGAGGAGAUGGUGAACUCCCUGCUCAGCACUGCCCAGCAGCUGAAGACUCUGAUCGAGCAGGCCAAGCAGGCCAGCUCCUCCUUCCGAGAGGCUGCUGUCACCCAGGCCAAAAUCCAGGCUGAUGUGGAGAGGAAAGAGCAGUACCAGAACCAAUUAUUUCAACAGACAGAAGAUGUGGAUGGGAAGACAGAAAUCAUCAUCAAGCAGUCCUGUGUCAAUUGCGGGCGGGAGGCAACCAACGAGUGCACGGGAUGCCAUAAAGUCAACUACUGCUCCACGUUCUGCCAGAGGAAGGACUGGAAGGACCAUCAGCACGUCUGUGGGCAGUCACCCACUGUGACAGUGCGAGCCAGCGAGGUGCACGUCACCGAGAGUGUCAUGGAGAAGGUGACAGUCUGAGCAGAGCCACCACUGGGACCUCUCUCUGGAGCCCCUCAGGUGCAGCCGGCUGGAUCGGCCACCAACAGUCUGUGCUCUGCAGCCCAUGCUCUGCUCACUCACAGACUCAUGCUUGAAAGACUUUGGUUUUUGAUACUGUGAGACCCCGUCCUCUUCCAGACCUGUGAAUAAUGUGAAAACUUCUUCAGAAGGAGCAAACCUCACCCAGCUGCAGCCACCUGGGGUGCAGGGAAGCUUUGACUGUGCCAGACUGGAACCUCCACCAUGUGGAUGGCAGCAGCCUCACUCUCCAUCUCUCCUGAGGGAUCUCAAGCAGGGGCUGCAAUGAGCUUUGCCAGUGUUCUUCCCUUCCUCUGGUUUGGAAGGAAAUGAAUCUUCAUUGGAUUUAUUUAAUUGCCUUGACAAAGUCAGCACAGGUUCUUAUUACUAUUGGAAGGACUUUUUUUUUUCUUCCCCUGUGUUCUCUCUGUGCUGGGCAAAUCUGGAACACAAGGGAGCUUCUGCACUUGAAUAUAAGUGAAAAAUAAGAUGUUGUUAAAUAAAAUGCCCUGAAAGCUUGA